GUGAAAUCCGAGGCAGCAUUGAACGUACAGGGAUGUGCUAGGUCAAGCCAGUUAAUGCUAACUACAACUCAGGACUAGUUUUUUUUCUUCUUCAGUGUUAAGUUCCAGAACAACUUGCCGAGUAGGUAGAGAGGGAAUUACCUUGUAUAUACCACCAAGAAGGCAUGUUAAGAAAGCAGGUCAAUUUCUGCAGUUAUUUUCGGCGGCGUGGGUAAACAGAGGCGGCUGUUGUUAUUGUUGUGGCCUGCUAACGUCAUAUGAUAGUCGAGCUAAACUAGCCUGUAGCCUCAGCUGGUUCCUGGAGCUCUGUUACUCGCAUCACAUCCCCAAAACGACAAGGGGAAAUGGCACAGCUUCCCAGCUAAUGCAGAAGUCAAAGUGAUCGCCACAAAGUGUCCGGGUUGUUCCUCAGCUAUGAGAGCCUCUAAUCAGUGAUCAACAUCUCACAAAAUGGAGCUGUAUUGGUACAUAGUUGUUAUUAUAUUUAUCAUUAUCAAGAUAUUCUUCUAUGUGUGCUGGUACCGGUCCAGACAGAGGCAACUGGCAGCGUACCUGAGCAACCCACGCAAUGCUCAGAUAGUCAUUGUUGGAGGAAGGGCCUACCUUCAUCAGAUGUGUGAGAGACAAAGUCAAACCUCUGUCUGGCCAAGUUGGUAUGGUGUCCAGGAUGACCUCUCGAUAGAGGAGCCCUCCACAGCCCUGCCACCAGCUGCAUCCUUCUCCAACCUGGACAUGCCACCACCAUAUGAGGCAGUCUCUGGAGAGGACGAUCUGAAGCCCCCUCCAUACAGCGAGUGUGCCCAUGGCGAUGAGGCCGACGCUCCUCGUCCUUCAUAUCACACUCCUCUCAUUUCUGAGGGAGGAGACUCGAUUAGUGUAAACGAAGCCCCACCUCCUUACACACCGUCCCCCCCAACACAAGUUGGUCAACAAGAAGGCCCUGUGAGCCACAGCGAGUCCCAGUCAGAGAACAGGCCCACCUAAUCAAUCCCUGAUGCCAGUUUGCCUUUUCCAUGCACUGCCUUCCUACAUUCAACCUCAGUGAUCGUUGCCAGCCUAACUCUUAUCACAUGAGAGCAGAUGUUUAUUUUGAUGCAAGCGUGUAUGUGUGUAUGUGUGUGUAUGUGUGUGUAUGCGUGUGUGUGUGUGUGUGUGUUCAGUGGUUUUUAGAACCAAGUUGUUUUUCUACUUUGUAUUGUUUAAAACGUGGUCAUCUGAUGAGUUUGGCAAUAACAGAUGACAUCCGCAAGCCUGUGUGCCUCAGCCAGGACCGCAGAACCCCCCAGCUAUGAUGAGGCUAACACCCCUGACCUCUAAGCUCAAAGGGAUUUAGUGAAAUGGAGAUAAGCGGAGAGGAAAAUGUUUUCAAGAGUGCUAUUUAUUAAGUUUUUUCCCUGCUGUAUGUCCUUCCACUCACAGAUCUAAAACAGUGGACUUGUUCUACAUGACUAAAUGUUGUUUUCAGUUCCUGCUGCUGUGAUGCAAAGUAUGUGGAAAAUCACUUUGUCACUGUGGCUUCUUUGUAUGUCAGUUAUAGACAUUGUUAUGAACGCAGUGACUAAUAGAGAAUUCAAAGAGUAGACAAUCUAAUUAGAUUUCAGAACACCUUGCUGCAUAGAAGUGCAUAUUGAAUAAAUUGUGUUUCAACUUCCUCAAACUGUUAUUACUAAGUAAUACUGCACGUGUUAUGUGAAGAGAGUGUGUUGACAAAUAGGUAUUUGAUAAUGUGGUAAUUGUCUUAAGUAAUGAACUCAUUAGUGUAACUAGGUGUGCUUAAUAUAUCAUGGUGAUUACAGUGGGACAUUAGGCAGUUCAAGUGCCUAUUAGAUCUGUGAAUGGAAGUGACUGAGGAUCAGAGGAAAAAAAGGGGAAGAAGUUGAUGAAAUAAACACUUAAUGGCAGCAGUCAAAUUGUUCUCUGUAGAUUAUCAUCUUAACUGCUGGACUCUGUCUAUUGCUGCUCUACAUUAGCACCUCUAUGCCAGAUUGCAAGGUCCUGUGCUAACAUGAAUUGAAAAAAAAAAGUUCAAAAUUGGACAAAUGGUAUCCAGAAGUAUGGGGGAAAUUGUUCCGUCCUUGAACACAUGACAACCCAUUUGAUGUAGUUGUUGACCCUGCUGUAAGAUAAUCAGAUAAUUGAUGUUUUGAUUUUUAAUGUUGAGCUGAAGGGUGAAAUGAAAAAUGUGGAAGAAUCCUGGAGUAAAAAUAGUCACAGCUAAAGCUCAAAACAUGUUUGGAGCUGAUUGCUGCAGUUUAUGCAGUUGAUGAAUUCAUUGUCAAAACUCUUUUUGUUUUUCAUAAUGAUUAUUGCAAAAUGAAGACUAACCAAAAAAACAUUUUUAACAACAGCUUCUUUUUCUUGUAAUCUUCAUUUUAAUCUGCCACAGGCUGGUGGAAAUCAGCCAAUUUUUGUUGUAUUUUCUGGAAUAGUAUUGCUUGGGAAAGAAUAUUACUGUGCUGUGUGCUUUUUGUGUCACUGCAUUUCAGAUAAUCCAGAAAUAGCCUUGUAAGAAGAUGCUCCCAAACAAUCCGCCUUCCAUGUUUGUUUCAGCAACUAUAUAAUCAGUGUACAGUUUCUGAAUUUAUGAAGGAGAAAAAAAGAGUAAGAAAAAAAAAAUCAAAAUUAAUGCUGUAUAAAUGUAUUUUGGGCCUUUGUGGAAGUGUAUAAACAGGGUCUUGAUGGAGAAUCAGAGGUUAAAAUGGCAUGUGUUUUAAUGAUAAUCCUUUGUAUUGUGAUGAUAAAUUGUGGAGCAUCUGACACUGAUGCCUUUUACAAAAUUGUUCCUGUGGUUUCACAUUCAGAAGGAUGCAACCGAGAGUGAGGUACAAAUGUAGCUUUGAACUCUGAUGACAUCUCUAACAUAGCAGCAGCAUGACGAUUGACUAUCUAGACCACAGUGUCACAGGCCUCUGCUGAGAUGUAUGUCUUGUUUGUUAACUUCAUGUUCAUUCCCACGGUGGUUGACAUAUCAGAUCUCUCCAGUUAGCAGCUUUGUGGGUUAAGGGGAAUUAUUAUUUUUUUCCUGAUUUGGGGGAAAUCCGUCUUCUGUAUUAAACUGUUGU